AUGGAUGCUGUUAUUAUCGGAGGUGAUUUAUAUUUGAAGAAUAAGAAGGAAUCCAAUUUAGAUGAAUAUUCCCAUCUCGAUAGUAACAAGGGAAUUGAUAAGCAUCGAGUCUAUUUUGAGGACAAACUACUUCCAAUAUUGAAGCAAUUCAAGCAUGGAAAGGUGUAUGUUUGCUUUGGAAAUGCUGAUUUAUAUUCCGAUGUUGAGUUUAUGAAGGAAAAAACAAAAGAGACAAAUAUUGUAGUGUUGUAUAAUGAAAUGAUGAGAGUGAAUGAUGAUUUGGAAAUAAUGGCCUACUCAUCGAUUGUUUUCAUGAAGGGACAUAAGAAGGAUUUUGAGAGAUUUGAUACAAAGGAUGUGAAGGAUACUUUGGCUCAGAAUGUUGAUUCUUAUGUGAUAAGAACGAAAGGAUAUACUACUUUUGAUGCUCAGCAACUCCAUGAUAUUAUUCUCAAUAAUGAAUAUGCAAAUACUCGACAAUUGUUGGAGGAGAAUCCAAGUGAGGAUUCACAUUUUAGAGGAAAGGAAGGAUUUUAUCAUUUCAAAUUUGAUGUAAAUGAUAGUGAAUUGGUGAAGGCCUUUUCUAUUGAAAGAGAAUUGGAAAGAAUUGAGGAGAGGUAUUCAUUUUCUAAAGAAAAUUGUAAGAAUCAAAUAUGGAUCUGUCACAUGCCUCCAAAAGAUACAUGCUGUGAUAAUAUCAGUGAUUUCCAUUGUGGAUCAAUUGCACUUAGAAGAUUUAUUGAAAAGCAUGAACCAGCUGCCACAUUCCAUGGACACUUCCAUAGCUCAGUGGAUUCCUCGAAAGGUGUGUACUGCUCCUCAAUUGUGGGUAACUGUUUGAGUUUCACCUCUGGCAACUAUCCAAAAAGUAAGGAAAUUGCCAUGAUCAAAUAUGAUACUGAAACGAAAGAGCAUUCCAGAGUAUUAGUAUAA